UUUAUAUUUCAGGAUCAUUCAUGAGUACUCAAGAACUUGCUAAAUUCCAAGAGUGGUGCUGAUGUUAAAUGUGUAGAAAUCAAUUUUAUAUUUGAUAUUAAAGGCUGUUGCAGAGUUACACAUUAAAUGUCACUAAUUUAAGUUCACCAAUCCCAUCUCAGAAGAUUGUGACAUUUGUGUUAACUUCCUGCAUAUUGCAAGUUCCUUUUUGCAUAAAUACAUGAACCAUUACCCCAAAUACACAGAUGCAUCAGGAGUACAACGAAAUAGCACUUAGGAAACAGUAUUAGUCCGAUAGAUAGAACUUAUAGUUUUGUUUAAUACUUCUCAUUUACGCUUCAAAAUAACCACCAAAACCUGCAUGGAAAAUGUCUGGGCAUUAUAAUGAAGGUUUGGACACAGGUUCGAUAAUGGACUCAGAAGGCAGAAUAGAGAAGGAGGUUGAUAUCUAUGUGAGUGCUGAGGCUGUAAGAGAUAUGAAACAUAAGAAAGACAAAGAGGAUUUUGACAACCAAACACCGAAAAUCCAAACAACUCAACACACAGGAAGUGAUUCAGUGAGGAAGAGAAGCUCCAGAGCAGCUGUAGUGUGUUUGGUGCUGCUGUGUGUUCUUCUGCUGACUGCAGUCAUAGUGCUGUGUGUCAUACUCACUCAAGAGAGACAACAGCUCAUAUCAAAGAAUGAAAACCUGAUCAAUGAGAGAGAGCAGCUAAUACUCAAGAACACAAACCUGACCGAUGAGAGAGAGCAGCUAAUACUCAAGAACACAAACCUGACCAAUGAGAGAGAGCAACUAAUACUCAAGAUCAGAAACCUGACCAGUGAACUUCGGAUCUGUGUUAAUUGGACUUGCUAUCAGUCCAGUUUUUACUACAUGUCCCAAGAGAAGAAGAACUGGACUGAGAGCAGAAGAUACUGUACAGAGAGAGGAGCAGAUCUGAUCAUCAUAAACAACAGACAGGAACAAGAUUUCAUUCACAACAUGUCUGGUAAUGGUAUAUUUUAUAUUGGCCUGACUGACAGAGAAGUGGAGGGCACAUGGAAAUGGGUUGAUAACACCACACAUGUUCUCACCUCUGGCUUCUGGGCGCAAGGAGAGCCAAAUGGAAACCAACAAUAUGAUGAGGACUGUGUUGUGACUGUAGCUGUGCCUCCACCAGAGUGGGUUAAUUUAAUAGGGUGGCUUGAUGUUGCAUGUAAUAAACCUUUUCAAUGGAUCUGUGAGAAGAGGAUUUCACAGUUCAUUCUGCCAUAGGAACAUCACACACCUUUCUGACACAAGUUCAACAAUCAAAACUUUUUAAAUAAUUGAUUAUCAUUUAAAAGUGUUUCUCAACCUUGUUUCUGGAAGGUUGAGAAACAACUGCACAUUUUAAAUGUCUCCUUUUUUUCAGACUCCCAAUUUCAUGUCCUAAAUACAUAAUAUGCAAAAUGGGACUCCAGAAGUGUGUUUCAUUCAACCAGAAAUGACUUGUUAGGGAAUGUCGCAGAGUUUUUCAAUUUAUACCUGAGAUUUCAGUCUUCAUUUAUUAUUUGUACAUUUUUCAGUUGUACAUCACCAGUCACUGUGAAACACUCCAGUACUUAAACAAGUUUUAAUAAAACAAAGGUGUUAAAAAUGA